CAGCUGCGUUUUAGAACGUGUUCCCCGUUCAAAGGGUAAACAGCUGAGAGUGAAUGGAGAUCGAAAAACUUUUGUUAUUUCAUAUAGAAUAUUUUAAACUAAAUUAAAUUAAAUCGGACAUUUCAAAACCGUGUAGACUUUCGUUGUAUUAAAACAGCUACUUCAUUCAGUAACUAAUAUUGAUCAGUGUUUAUGUGAUAUAUGAUAUUCAGCAGCAUCACUAUCUCAAACAGCUGCCAGAAGGCACUGUGGAAUAUUUUUGUACUAAAAAAAAAAAUUUCUAACAUAUCGGCGUGCGCGCCAUCACAAAUGCGAAUUUCUCUUUGUGUGAUAGAAAAGUGAAAAUACUAUAAAAAGAGAAGAACUCUAACUCUGAUCUUAACUGAAUUGAAGUACUUAAAUAAAUGUAUAUAAGUAAAAAGUAAAAAAUAUAAAAAAAAAAAUCAACAUGCAGUCGUUAAAAGCAGAUGAGUUCCCGGAGAAUCCACGCGAGCGAAGUAACCCGAUUUCGGAACUUAUGCUCUGCUUUGCCUUUCCCGUAUUGUUAAAGGGUCGCAAAAAGACACUGGAGCAACCAGAUUUAUAUAGACCGCUAAAAGAACACAAGUCAGAAACGCUUGGUGAUCGCCUCUGCGCAGCAUGGGAUGAAGAGGUAGCGCAAAGAUCUGGCCAACAAAAACCGCCUCGUCUGGGCCGUGUGAUGAUGCGCGUUUUUGGCUGGCAUCUAUUUGGCACUGGACUUCUACUGGGGGUCAGAGAGUUUCUAACAAAAUUCACACAGCCCAUUUGUUUAUAUGGCAUUAUGAUUUACUUUUCGGGCGAGGACCCAGAUCCACUGAAAGCGCAACUCUAUGCGGCGGGUCUUAUUGCAUGCUCCUUGCUUACUGUUAUGAGUGGACAUCCGUACUUACUAGGUCAGAUGCACCUGGGCAUGAAAAUGCGUAUAGCCCUGUGCAGCUUGAUGUAUCGGAAAUCGUUACGGUUGAGUCGCACUGCACUGUCGGAUACAUCGGUGGGUCAGGUGGUGAAUCUGCUGUCCAAUGAUGUGGGACGCUUUGAUGGAAUCCUGCUCAUUGUACAUUUUAUAUGGCUGGCCCCACUGGAACUGAUUGUGGUGACCUACUUUAUGUAUGAAAAGAUUGGACUUGCCUGCCUCUUUGGCGUCGCUUUGAUGCUGCUCUUUCUGCCCUUACAAGCUUAUCUGGCGAAAAAAACAUCGGAGCUGCGACUCCGCACGGCAAUGCGGACAGAUGAGCGCGUGCGGAUGAUGAAUGAGAUUAUAUCGGGCAUUCAGGUGAUCAAAAUGUAUGCCUGGGAGAAACCGUUUGGCAAGUUGGUGGAGCAUGCGAGACGCAAGGAGAUGAAUUGCAUCAAGAAAGUCAACUAUAUUCGUGGCAUGCUUAUUGCCUUUGGCAUAUCUCUAUCCCGUAUGUUUAUCUUCGUGAGUUUGGUGGGUUACGUGCUCCUGGGAAACAAAUUAACUGCCGGAGAGGCCUUUUUUAUCACUGCCUAUUACAACUUGCUGCAGCGAGCAGUCACCAACUUCUUUCCAAUGGGAAUCACUCAGUUUGCAGAGCUUCUAGUUUCUAUCAGGCGUCUGGAAACCUUUAUGCAUCGGGAGGAGACUCAGGUCGCUCAAAUUUGUGACAAGCCCAAUCAGAUUGGAACAUCAUAUGAUAAGGAACAUGGCUCAAUAAUCAAACAAAGCAAUGGAGACGUCUUGAAAACCGAUAGCAAAGAGGAUACUCUCGUUGAAUUUAACGAGUUCUAUGCCAAAUGGAGCGUUAAGGCCACAGAAAACACCUUGGAUAAUAUCAAUCUGCAGAUGGGUCGUCGACAACUGGUGGCUGUAGUUGGUCCUGUCGGUGCAGGCAAGUCCAGUUUGAUACAAUCUAUACUCGGUGAACUUCCUGCUAGCAAAGGCAGCCUCAAAGUCAAUGGUACAUUCUCAUUUGCCACCCAAGAGCCUUGGCUCUUCACUGGAACUGUUCGGGAGAACAUUCUCUUUGGAUUGACCCUGGACAAACAUCGCUAUCGCACCGUCGUCAAGAAGUGUGCGUUGGAACGUGACUUUGAGCUACUCCCUCAGGGUGAUAAGACGAUCGUUGGUGAAAGGGGAGCUUCACUCUCUGGAGGACAGAAGGCGCGCAUUAGCCUGGCGAGAGCUGUGUACCGACGGGCGGAUAUUUACCUGCUGGACGAUCCACUCAGUGCUGUGGACACGCACGUGGGCCGUGAACUGUUUGACCAGUGCAUGAAAGGAUAUCUUAGGAAUGAACUCGUCAUACUGGUAACACAUCAGCUGCAGUUUCUGGAACAAGCCGAUCUCAUUGUCAUAAUGGACAAGGGAAAAAUCAGUGCAAUGGGAACAUAUGAUGCGAUGCAGCGCAGCGGAUUGGACUUUGCCCAGCUAUUGUCUGAUCCUAAUGUUAGGGAACACGUGAUAAAUGACCAUGAAAGUGAUGCUGGUGACGCCUUCGAUCAGCACAGCAUGACCUCACGAAAGAGAUGCAUUAGUAGCAGUCGACAGACAUCACGAACGGACAGCUUUAACUCAUUGAGCUCCAUGACCGAUUCCAUUACGCUGGACGCUCCGAUGUCUCCACAAGAGACUCGUGUCGAGGGCAAGAUUGGUUUGGGUCUCUAUAAGGAAUAUUUCGCCGCUGGCAGUGGUGGCUUAUUAAUAUGUGCUUUACUGCUUAUAUGCAUUGGCACCCAAGUUGUAAUAUCCUGCUCGGAUGUCUUUCUCUCCUACUGGGUUGAUAAGAACAAGGAUGAUUCUGGUAUGAACGAUCAUACAGACAUCUACUAUUUCACGGCUCUAAACGUCGCUUCAAUCCUGCUCUGCGUGAUGCGCCCAAUCCUCUUCUACACGAUGGCCAGACGCAGUUCCACAAAUUUACACAACGCCAUGUUCCGUGGCAUCACCAAAGCGGCAAUGUACUUCUUUAACACAAAUCCCUCGGGUCGCAUUUUGAAUCGAUUCUCAAAAGAUCUGGGUCAGCUGGAUGAAAUCUUACCAACCAUCAUGUUGGAUGUGAUGCAGAUCUUUCUCACUCUGGCGGGCGUUAUUGUUGUCAUCUGCAUUAUGAACCCCUACUACCUUAUUCUAACUGCUGUGCUGGGAUUCAUCUUUUAUUACAUCAGAGAAUUCUACUUGAAGACCUCGAGAGAUGUGAAACGGUUGGAGGCAGUAGCCAGAUCCCCCAUCUAUUCUCACCUUAGCGCAUCUCUAAAUGGUCUUCCCACGAUUCGAGCAUUGGGAGCACAGAAAACAUUAAUUGCCGAGUUCGAUAAUCUACAGGAUCUGCACAGCUCUAGUUUCUAUACUUUCCUGUCCACUAGUCGGGCAUUUGGCUACUAUGUAGACUUCUUUUGCUCAUUGUACACCAUCAUCAUUGUUGUCAAUUACUUCAUCAAUCCGCCCAGCAAUCCUGGCGAGGUUGGACUUACAAUUACUCAGGCCAUGAGCUUGGCAGGCAUGGUUCAGUUUGGAAUGACACAAUCCGCCGAAUUGGACACUACUAUGACUGCAGUUGAACGCGUCCUCGAGUAUGAUGAAAUCGAGCCUGAAGGCGAAUACGAGUCCUCGCCAGACAAGAAGCCACCUGUCACAUGGCCAGAAGAAGGAAAAAUUGUGGCGGACGAUCUCAGUUUACGAUACUUCCCCGAUCCACAGUCGAAGUAUGUGCUCAAGUCCCUCAACUUCGAGAUUAAGCCCAUGGAAAAGGUCGGAAUCGUGGGUCGCACAGGUGCCGGCAAAUCCUCGCUCAUUAAUGCACUCUUCCGUUUGUCCUAUAACGAUGGCUCGAUCGUCAUUGACAGUCGCGAUACCAAUGAACUGGGACUACACGACCUGCGCAGCAAGAUCUCCAUAAUACCUCAGGAACCGGUGCUCUUCUCAGGGAGCAUGCGCUACAAUCUCGAUCCCUUCGAAGAGUACAGUGAUGCGAAGGUGUGGGAUGCUCUGGAGGAAGUCAAGUUGAAGCCCGUCAUCAGUGAGCUUCCGAGUGGUCUACAAAGCAUUAUCUCCGAGGGCGGUACCAACUUCAGUGUGGGUCAGAGACAGCUGGUGUGUCUAGCACGGGCUAUUCUUCGCGAGAACCGCAUUCUGGUAAUGGACGAGGCCACAGCCAAUGUGGAUCCACAGACAGAUGCUCUUAUACAGGCGACGAUUAGGAAUAAGUUCAGGGAGUGCACAGUUUUAACAAUCGCCCACCGCUUAAACACGAUUAUGGAUUCGGACAAGGUGUUAGUCAUGGAUGCUGGCCAGCUGGUAGAGUUUGGUUCUCCCUAUGAGCUGUUGACCGAGUGUGAGUCGAAAAUCUUCCACAGCAUGGUCAUGGAAACGGGUAAAAGCAACUUUGAUAGUCUACUUAAGGUAGCGGAAAAGGCGCAUUUGGAAUGCCAGAAAUCAAAAACCGCCUAGAGGCAACGUGUAAUUUAAAUAAAAUUAAAUAAAUCUCUUGAACUUGAA